AUGAACUCUAGGCCCCUCGCGGCCCCUUUGCGGCCCGUCGCCGCCCUUCCAGGCCCCUCGCGGCCCCUUCGCGGCCCUGUCGCCGCCCCUAUCAGCCCUGUCGCCGCCGCCAGCGGCCCCGUCGCCGACCCUAACGGCCCCGUCGCCGCCCCUAUCGGCCCCGUCGCCGCCACCAGCGGCCCCGUCACCGCCCUUCCAGGCCCCUUGCGGCCCCUUCGCGGCCCCGUCGCCGCCCCUAUCGGCCCCGUCGCCGCCACCAGCGGCCCCGUCGCCGACCCUAGCGGCCCCGACGCCGCCCCUAUCGGCCCCGUCGCCGCCACCAGCGGCCCCGUCGCCACCCCUAGCGGCCCCGUCGCCGCCCCUAUCGGCCCCGUCGCCGCCUCCAGCGGCCCCGUCGCCGCCACUUGCGGCCCCGUCGCCGCCCCUUUCGGCCCUGCCUCGACCCCGCCCCGGCCUUGCCCCGGCCAUGCUCCGUCGCCUGUCGCGGCGCACCGGGGGCCCGUGCACCGCCCACGCGCGGCCCCCUCAGGUCGCCUCGACAGGCGAUGGGAGGGGCGACCUGGGAGGGGGGGCGAGCGUCCCCCCUUCUGCUGCUUGUUUUGGUGCCCUGGGAGGCCGCGCGUCGGCCCCCCCUCCCCGUAA